GGAUGACGAUCUAAAAGAAACGUCAAAAAUGCUCAAAACGCGGACAUCGGACGCUGCUUUCGUUCGUUUGCUUAAAUUUCAGUAGUGUUUUCGUUUUCUCAUGUAUUAAGUGACUCAAAUUACAGUAAGAUAGUGCUAAUUAGCCAGCAGACAUGUCUGGAUUCAGUUUUGGAACGCCUACGACCAGCGCUCCGGCGUAUUCUUUCGGGACAGGUGCUGCGACAACGGCAACAGCUGGUGCAGCGGUUGUUCCUAUUGCUGCAGUUGCAGGAUCCACUCCCGCUGCCACCGGAUUCAGUUUUGGAACAGCACCAGCAUCGGUCAGUGCCGCUCCUGCCUUUGGUACCUUGGCUAAACCGGCUACUACAACGGCAAUUCCUGGGUUCAGUUUCGGAACGACGACGACGCAAGCAACGGCAACGAGUACCUCGACUGGCUUUGCGCUGCCGGGUGCUGCUACUGCCCCGGUUGCUUCAGCCCCUACGGGUCUGACAUUUGGCGCUAGCGCAGUUUCUACUGCGAACACUUCAGUAGCACCGACCUUAUCACUAGGCGGAGGAUUUGGAGCGGGAACUGGAGGUGCUAUUUUUGGAGCAGGACUCAAAUCGACAGCGGUAGCAACUGCAACAACAACUACCGCAACCACCAGCACCGGUCUAGCAAAACCGAUCGGACUAGGUGGAAUUGACAUCAAUGCAUCUGCGCCUAAAUCAGUCGAAGGCAAACCGGACAGUACCAAAGCCAAGGAAUUUCAAGUGCCUCAGGAAAUUAUCGCCACCGUUGAACAGCUGAAAGACUACAUCAAGCGGCAGAAGACCUUCAGCUCCGAUAUCGCGCGAACUUCAUCCCGAAAAUUGUAUAACGUUUCGUCGGAAAUCAGCCGUUUGAACUGGAACCUGAUUGACAUCUCCAACAGCGUGACGAACAAUCAAUCAGCUAUCAAGACGUUGCGAGCGGAAACUGCUGGGAUCAUUCAGCAGGCAGACAUGGCCCAGCGUACGCACGACACACCGGCCGGUCUGCAAUUCGAGAAUACAAUGCCACUGCAGUACUUCAUCGAACUUAUUCAGAAGUACGAGAGCGAUUUGCUUAAUCUCAAACAUCAGGUGGAACUAACGGAAAAACAUAUGCAAUCGCUAUCCGUCCCACAGCACUUCACUGCCAUGGACCUGAAACGGGGCUUGCAGCAAAUUCACGAAAGCUUCGUUGCUCUGGCUGGUCGACUGCACGAAACGCACCAGAAGGUGGAAGCGCAAAAAGAGCAGUAUAUGAACCUGCGUCGUUACCUGCUGCGAGACAACACGGACGUCUUCGAGGCACAGUCGGGUAGUGAAUCAGCGAGCGCUCAACGAUUUUCCGGCUCGAUCUCAACAGGUCCGACUCCGUUUUCCACCCUGAUGGGAACGGUGAAUCUGGGCGUGCCUAAGCCCAACCCGGAAAGCUCACUAUGGCCAAGGGCGUCCGGAUUUGCUCCCACUCAAGUUGGUGUGGCCGGUCCGAGUGGAACGUCCGCCUUUGGAUCCGCCCUGGCGAGCGAUAGUAGUGCGCUGGGGAAAACCUUCGACAGUGGUGUCGGCGUCGGAUCUGGUGUCCCAACGACGUUCGGAAGUGGCGGAGCUUUCAAUCUGCAAACGCCGCCUCUGGGCAGCAAACGGAACAAACACUAGAAAUGUCCACUCCGUUCCACUUGGAGCCCUAAUCGAAAAUAUAGUGAUUCAAAGACA